AAACAAAUAAAAUUUAUUCAUGAAAUAAUUAGCAAAUCGAGCGACAUCAGUCAAAAUUGUGUUAAUUAAAGUUCAAAACUACGUUUUCACGUGAGACACUAAAUCCCUGUACCGUGUAUCAUCAAUUCAUCCCUAGCAGAGCAUACAAGAAUAAAAACUGACGGAAUUUUACUCACCGCGUGCUAAGAGUCGAAACAUCGCAACGAAUCAAAGCGAACGCAUCCGUGAAUCACACCGUCAAUUAAUGUAUCUCUUCUGCUAAUUUUUCGUCGUUUAAAUUUAUGAAGUCAGAUUCUCAGCGCAAGUGCGAUUUGGAGGUUACUAUUUUGACACACCACAACCAGCGUAAUAUUCGAGUGCGCGAGUCAGUGUCGCGCGAUUGUUGACCGUGGCGAAGUGUUUAGCCGUCGGUGAUCGUGGCGUGAAGACGAGACGAGUGCCCCAGCAAGAUGUUCCGGAUCGUCAGGAAGUUGCCUUCGCGAACGCAACUCCUAAAUUCCUACAGGGUUGAGAAAAAAGCAUUUACACGUAAUCAAGCGAGCAAACCAGGCAAAGAGGAUCUAUGUCCGCCGAAGGAAGUAAAGAACAGUUCCGGGGCAUUGUACACAUUUGGGGCACUCGCCGUCGCAGCGAGCGCCACAAUCGGCUACGCCAAAUAUGACGACGACUUCCGUAAAACAAUUAACGAUUAUGUCCCCGGAUUUGAUGACUUUCUCGCUCUUAUCUUCAUGGAGGGCGAUGAUAGUACCGCUGCGAAGCGUAAGCAGCAAGAAGCUGGCCCGAUCCUCGUCAAGUCAAAGAGCAUCUCAGAGAAACCUAUUCAAUAUCAAGCUCCAGCGCCUGUCUUUGAUAAAGUAGCUGAAGAAACGAAACCACCGAUAGAAUACGCCGAAAUCCGCGUCUCCGAAAAAGUUCCUGGAAAAGACGAUACCAAACUAGAAACGCUGCCAUUUUCUGAACGCCGUGAAAACGAGAAAACUCCGAUAGAAAUGAUUGCCGAUUUAGAAGCAAAGAUGAGCGAAGAUGCUAUGAUUGCUGUGAAGGCUUUCAAUCGCUCAUUAUACGCGCUGAAAAACUACAACUACGAUAUCGAGGUGAUUGUUGAGGAGUCAGUCGAGAAUAUUCAUCCGGAUGUUUGGAAUGGCCUCAAGGAGAAAACUAUCGAGAAAAAUCAAGCAAUCGAGGAGGCGGAGCUCCACAGUCAGGAAGCACUUUGCAGUAUUAGCAAACUGAAAGAGAUGCUGGGACGCGUCGACAAGAAAAACGUACCGGAAGCGAUGUUCGAGCGCACUAAGGCGAACAUGCAGCGCAUUCAGGAGGAUUUAGCCAGGUCGCGCAAAGAUAUGGAUGUUGAACUACAAAAUUCCAAAUUGACGGAGAAGUAUUGGGAGAAGGUUGAUCAAGCCCGUAAACACUUUAGUAAAGAAUUAGAAGCAUUAUUCCCGAACAUCAACUUCAACGAGAAAGAAGUCGCGAUCUCGAGCAGCGAUAUUGAUUUAUUUGUUCUGCAUGCAAUGAGCAAGGUGCUUUUCUUCCAAAAGGAGCUCAACCGAUUAGAUACACUGGGUAACAAGCGAUUGCAAAAUGCUAUCGAUGAAGCGAAAAGAACUGGUAACGUGGAACCGCUUACCAGGGAGCAGAUUUGUCAACAAUUGGAGAAGGAGAAACGUGCUUUAGAAUUACAACAUAAUCGAAAGUGUUUACAAUUACGGCAACAAUCAGAAAGCGAAUUAAGAAAUAAAUUAAAAUUGCAAUCGGAAGCAUUCACUGAUCACUUGGACGACGCGAUUAGAACGCGCGAACAGGAAAUGGAGCGUCUGUUGAAUCGAAAAUUCGACGAGGAGUUACAACUGGAGAGGACCAAAUACAAGAUGCAAGUGUCUGCCAUGGUGGGAAGGUUGCGUGGUAUGGAAGAAGCUUUGAAAGCAAGAAGCGAUGCGGAUAAGACGGCAAAGAAAGCGCAAAUCUUAUGGAGUGCGUGUCAAACGCUCAUCAAAGCUGUCAAAACCAGCGCAGUUGGAAAACCAGCCGAAGAACAACUUCGACCACUUAAGGAUGAAAUAACUGCCGUCAAAAAAGCGUCAAAUGAAACAGAUGAAUUAGUCAACGCUGUAAUCGAUGCCAUACCAGAAGAGGCAUUAUCUCGCGGAGUAUUCCCUGAAGAUGUGCUCCGUGAGCGUUUCUUGGCAGUUGAAAAAGUAGCACGCAACGUCGCUCUACUGCCGGAGACUGGCGGGCGUCUACACCUCUACUUCCUUUCGUAUCUGCAAUCUUUGCUCCUGAUGAAUGCCACUAAUCCGAUUCCCGUCGCAGAAAUGAACGACGAUAAGGUAGACUUUACAAAACUCACCAACAACGAUGUUCUUCAGCGUGCCAGAUAUUGGUUGGAUCGUGGUGAUUUCGCUCAGGCUUUGAAAUAUAUGAACCUCCUGAAAGGUGCGCCUCGGACCAUCGCCAGGCAGUGGAUGAACGAAACGCGAAUACUCUUAGAGACGCAACAGGCGGCGAGUACUUUGAUGGCGUACGCCACCUCCAGUGGCCUCAUGUACCUGUAGUGCUCCGCUCCCUUCGCACCAUCCUGUACCAAGUAAUAAGUAAACAAUUUACAAAUUAAACGAUUUUAACAGUAAA